CUCGCACACAGGAGCUUCUACCCUUGUUUUUAACAUUUUGGAGGCGCUAAAGUACCUUACCCUGAGGCCGGAUUCUUGUUUUCUAGUUUAUUGUGCUGCGUAA